UUGGGUUCCUACUAGUAAUCACCAGCAAGCGUAGUAACUGAUUUUUGCUCUGUACAGAACAUCUAUGGCGGAGCAGACACCCGAAGUCCCCGAAACAGUUUCAGAGAAAGCCUCAUCCGAGAACAUGGAUGUCGAAACGAACUCUGCAGAGGACUUGGCGGCUGAGAACGGCGGCGCCGCGAAGCGGCCUAGGGAGGAGGGCGAUGAGCCGGAUAAUGAUGACAACGGUGAUGCCUCGAAGAAGACGAAGGUCCAGAAUCCCGAGGAAGAGCAAAAAGUUGAAGCUUUUGAGAAAAAAGAAGGUGAUAAGGAAGGAGAGAAGAAAGAGGAUGAAUCGGGUCCAGUCACCUUGGGUCCGAAGACAUUCGGAUCAUCGGUUGAGAUGUUUGAUUAUUUCUAUAAGCUUCUUCAUUCCUGGUCUCCCAAUCUCAAUGUCAAUAAGUAUGAACACCUUGUGUUGUUGGAGUUGCUAAACAAGGGCCAUCCAGAGCCGGAGAAGAAGAUAGGCAAAGGAGUCGGUGGAUUUCAAGUUCGGUUCCACCCAAAGUUCAAAAGUCGCUGCUUCUUCAUCACGGGGGAAGACGGUUCUUUGGAUGAUUUUAGCUUCAGGAAGUGCGUGGACAACAUACUUCCCCUCCCGGAGAACAUGCCAAUAAAACACGACAUGAAUAGGGGCGAGCAUGGUGGCAGAGGAGGAAGAUGGGGUGGCCGUGGUCGUGGUCGUGGCAGAGGAAGGUUCAGAAACUGAAUGGUCUGCUCUUUCCCUGGACAUGAAGGGCAUAUCAUUUGCAGAAGAAAAUUUUAUACUCCCUAAUAUCUAUAAGUUCACGUAGCCAUGAAUUAUUAUUACCAUUGUGCACUUUUUUUUGUCUAGUCGAAUCUCGAUCGAAUUUAUCAUUGAAUGCAACUUUGUUUUUGCUAUAAAUUAGCUUUUAUUGUUCUA